AAAGGAGCUGGAGGGAGCAGGGGAAGGAGGUGACACCCGAGAGCCCUUGCGCACCCAACCCUGUCCAGCCCCUGCCGCCGCCGCUUUGUUCCAUAUUUAGUUCCUGACAACUGUGCCUGGGGCAGGAACUCCCAGCUCUGUUUUCCCUCCUCCCUCGACUCCCAGAGCUCUCAGAAAUUGUUCUUUCUCUCUCCCAGUGGCCACAGCUCAGUCCCAGUGUCCUGGGGAAGAUGGCAGAGAAGCAGGAGGAGCCCAGCAACGCCCAGAACGGGGAACCCGACAACGCCGAGGAGGGCGAGGGGACAAAGAAGAAGGUGAAGAGGGAGGACCUGCCACCCUUUGAGAUUGUGACAGGGGAACGCCUCCCGGCCAUCUUCUUCAAAUUCCAGUUCAGGAACGUGGAAUACAGCUCAGGCAGGAACAAAACCUUCCUGUGCUACGUGGUGGAGACGCAGGGCAAGGAGCCGGUGAUGAGCCGCGGGUACCUGGAGGACGAGCACGCGGCCGCCCACGCCGAGAUGGCUUUUUUCAACACCAUCCUGCCCACGUGCCAGGCGGGCACACGCCACGACGUCACCUGGUACGUGUCCUCCAGCCCCUGCGUCACCUGCGCCCAGAGGAUCUGCGAGGCCCUGCGCAAGAACAAGGGGCUGCGCCUCACCAUCAUGGUGGGCAGGCUCUUCAUGUGGGAAGAGCCCGAGAUGCAGGCCGCCCUCAGGAGCAUGAAGGAGGCCGGCUGCAAGCUGAGGAUUAUGAAGCCUCAAGACUUUGAGUAUGUCUGGAAGAACUUUGUGGAGCAGGAGGAAGGGGAGGAGGCCAAGUCUUUUGUGCCCUGGGAGGAUAUUCAGGAGAAUUUCCAGUACUAUGAGGAGAAGCUGGCUGAGAUCUUGCACUGAGGCUCAGGAUCACAAAGGAUCCAUGAAGAGAUGUGACAGACCUGGACAUCUGGAACAGUCCUGCUUCCCAAAGCUUUGAUUCCAGCAGGAUGGAGAACCAGCCUCUGGGAGACAAGGCUCUGUGGGACUCUGAACACACACACACACAACACAGACCUCUGGUGUUUGGGAUUUUUUGGGUGUUUUUUGUUCCUCCCCCUCCCUGCCCCAAACAAACCCAAGCUGUGGUGAAAGGGAUGGCAGUGAUCCACAGGCAGGCUGUGGGAUCACAGUCUGGGAAUAUCUCAUGGGAAAAGACCUCAGAACAAAGCUGCUGGUUAGAUAAAUGAAUUAGAAAGGGGAAAAGAAAGGGGUUUAAGGUGAAAAAGAAGUUUUCUCCCUCUGUUCUCCUCAAUAGUCAGAGCUGUGAUUUAAUUCAGGGCCAACAGCUCUCUUCCAAAUCACGACAGAGCCCGAGAACUCGGUAUCAAACAACGAUGUUUGGGAUAUAAACCUGGGAAAAGCGAAGUGAAAUAAAAUGGGAAGCCACUGCAAAAGCCAAA